AUGAAUAAAAGGCCUGUUAAAGAAACAGUUGAGUAAAAGAGACCAACUUGGUUUUCUAAAUUACCAGUUAAUAUAGAGGAAUUGCAAUAAACAGGAGCAUUACUAGGAAUAACAACUGCACCAGAUGAUAGUUUUUCUUAAAGUCCUACCAAAGAUAGAGAUAGCGAUCAUAUAAGCACAAAAGAACUUUUUAAGCUUUUUAAUAGAAAAGAUUUUAAAAUAGAUUAGCUUUUAAAACACUUUUACUAUCAAUACACCAAAAUAGGAAUUCAUGAUUACUUAGUUAAUAAGCUUUAUAGCUACGGUGAAGCAGAUUUAAACUUUUAUAUGUCAGAACUCUGUUAUCUGUACAUUACACGUGAUUCAGAAAUGUUAAAAAAGUUUCUUGUUGAUAUGAGUUCGAGGAGCAUUAACCUCUACCUUUUGAUUUAUUGGUCACUAGAUUCAUUCAGUGAGUCUUUGAAGUUAGAUGAAGCAAAAAAAGCAGAAAAUGAAAGAAUCAAAGAUCUAUUAAAAACUGUAGAAAAUUCUUUCAUUAACGCAAGCAUGCAAUCAUCAUUGAUUUAAGAAAAUAAAACGCCAAGUUAAGUUAAGGAAUCAAAUGAAAGAGCUAAAUACAAUAAUUCAAUCAAAACAUUUAUUAAAAAUAUGGUUAACAUAUCUUUAACUUUAAAGAAACAUGAAUAGGAUGAAAGAAAAGAUAAGCUCAAGAUGUAUAUGAAAAGAGCAAAUAAAUGGCUAAAAAAUUUAAGAGAAUAAAAUCCGAAUAAUGAAUUUUUUUAAGGAAUUUUUAUACCGUUUAGAGAAGAUUACAACUAGCAAUUGAACUCUACAUUCAUAGUUAGAAUAGUGCAUGAAGAAGUUACUUGCUUUAACACUAAAAUGAGAGUACCUUACCGUGUUGCCAUAGAAACUAUUGAUAUAAAUGAGCUUAAAUAAGUAAAAAAGAAGGUUGUAAGUGAAACUGACUUGGAUGAUGUAGGUAUUAUUGGAGAUGGACCUGAGUUUUCUGAAAAUAAUAAUGAUUAAGCAGAAACUUCUUAGCAAUCUGUUAUUAAAUAAAAUGAAUCAACUGAUAAAAUAAAUAAAUAUGGUAGAACAUUUAGUAUUUGGGCUUGUGAGGCAGAAAAUUAGGAAAUAAAAUUAAAUGAAAUUAGAAACUCUCAAAUGAAAAUUUAAAAAAAAGGUGAAUUGGUCAAUUUGUUAAAUUAAGAUGAAGAACUCACUAGUGUAGAAAAGUUUCAUAGAUUGUACAAAAAAUCAAAAUCCUUAGUACCAGAUGAUAGUGCAUUUAGAGCAUUGAAGAAAUUUUAGAAAAAUUUUAAGUUGUAAGAAACAUUUUUAGAAGGCGAGAGAUUAUAGAAGUAUCAAGAAAAUAUUAAAAGAUUUAAUAUUUACUUUAAGGAGAAAAAAAAUGUUAUUCAAAGAAGAAGCAGCAUAGUAACAGAUAGAAAUGUUAAUAAUCCCUUUCGUGAAAGACAUUAAUAUGUUAAUGCCAAGGAGAAGUUGAAUUUGAAGAAAAGAAGGAAAGUUUCUUUAAAGGACUUAAAAGUCAUUGAUGUGCUGAGAUUUUUUAAACAUUUGCAAAGAAAUUACCCCUAAUUUGAAAAAGAAAUUUAAAUGAUUUACAAGCAUUUGCAUUAUGAUGAGCUUGAAGAAUAAAUAGAACACACUAAAAUAUCAAAUGUUGACUUGCUCAAUGAAGAUGAAGAUAUUUCUCAAAAAUAAAUUAGUUCCUUUAGCAUCAAAAGAAAAUUUCCUUGGGAGGAUGUUUGGGAAGAUAAAAUUAUUAAAAUUAAAAGAGAGUCUCCUUAUGGGUAGUUCAAGUCUUAUAAAUUAAGGGCAGUUAUUUUCAAGGGAGGAGAUGAUCUUCGUUAAGAAUUGCUUGCAAUGCAAUUGAUUUAUAAAUUUUAGUCAAUAUUUUAAAAAGCAAAUCUUUAGCUGUGGCUACGUCCAUACGAAAUUAUAGUUACUUCUGCUUCAUCUGGUAUUAUAGAGUUUCUGCCAAAUACGUAUUCAAUAGAUGGACUCAAAAAGAAAGUUCCAAAAUUUACAUGCCUUUAUGAUUUUUACAAAGACUAUUUUGGCAAAUAAUUUUAAUAAGCAUAAAGCAAUUUCAUAGAAAGUCUUGCUGGUUAUUCUAUAGUUUGUUAUCUUCUUUAAUUUAAAGAUAGGCAUAAUGGAAAUAUACUCAUAGAUAACAGUGGACAUCUUAUUCAUAUUGACUAUGGGUUUAUGUUUUGUAUUUCUCCUGGUGGUAUCAAUUUUGAAAAUGCGCCUUUCAAGUUGACAAAAGAAUAUGCAUAACUUAUGGGAGGAAAAGAAUCUGAAGGAUUUGAGAGGUACAAAAACCUCGUCUUUUAAGGUUUUAAAGAGCUUUAAAAAUACGUUGAUGAAAUUAUCUUUUUAGUUUAAAUAAUGUAAGAAGAAUCAGAUCUUCCUUGUUUCAGAGGUUUUGACAUUAAAGUUUUUAGAGAGCGUUUCUAGGAACAUUUAGAUGAAAAAAAUCUCCUUUUGUAUGUGAAUAAGCUUAUCAACGAUAGUUAUGAUAAUUGGAGAACAAAAUAAUAUGAUAAUUUCUAAAAAAUGACAAAUGGUAUUGCACCUUGA